GCGGCCCGCGGUCGGUGGUGGCCGCUACGGUGCUGACAAGAUGGCGGCUGGCGGGGCUGUUGCUGCGGCGCCCGAGUGCCGGCUUCUACCCUAUGCGCUACACAAGUGGAGCUCCUUCUCCUCCACCUACCUUCCUGAGAACAUUUUAGUGGAUAAACCAAAUGACCAAUCUUCAAGGUGGUCUUCAGAGAGCAACUACCCUCCCCAGUACUUGGUUCUGAAGCUUGAAAGGCCUGCUAUAGUCCAGAAUAUAACAUUUGGAAAGUAUGAGAAAACUCACGUCUGUAAUUUGAAAAAAUUUAAAGUCUUUGGCGGAAUGAAUGAAGAAAACAUGACAGAGCUAUUAUCCAGUGGCUUAAAGAAUGAUUAUAACAAAGAAACAUUCACCUUGAAGCAUAAAAUUGAUGAACAAAUGUUCCCUUGUCGAUUCAUUAAAAUAGUUCCACUCUUAUCCUGGGGACCCAGCUUUAACUUUAGCAUCUGGUAUGUUGAACUUAGUGGCAUUGAUGAUCCCGAUGUAGUACAACCUUGUCUCAACUGGUAUAGCAAGUACCGUGAACAGGAAGCCAUUCGCCUUUGCCUAAAACACUUUAGACAACACAACUAUACAGAAGCCUUUGAAUCACUGCAAAAGAAAACCAAGAUUGCCUUGGAACAUCCUAUGUUAACAGAUCUUCAUGAUAAGCUGGUGUUGAAGGGUGAUUUUGAUGCUUGUGAAGAGCUGAUUGAAAAAGCUGUAAAUGAUGGCUUGUUCAAUCAGUAUAUCAGUCAACAGGAAUAUAAGCCACGAUGGAGUCAAAUCAUUCCCAAAAGCACCAAAGGUGAUGGAGAAGAUAACCGACCAGGAAUGAGAGGAGGCCAUCAGAUGGUUAUUGAUGUUCAAACAGAGACCGUUUAUUUGUUUGGUGGCUGGGAUGGAACACAAGAUCUUGCUGACUUCUGGGCGUACAGUGUGAAGGAGAACCAGUGGACAUGUAUCUCUAGAGACACUGAGAAAGAGAAUGGUCCUAGUGCCAGAUCGUGUCAUAAAAUGUGUAUUGACAUUCAACGAAGGCAAAUCUACACGUUGGGCCGUUAUUUGGAUUCCUCUGUGAGGAACAGCAAAUCUCUGAAGAGCGACUUUUAUCGCUAUGACAUUGACACUAACACAUGGAUGUUACUCAGUGAGGAUACCGCUGCUGACGGAGGGCCGAAGAAGUUGGUGUUUGAUCAUCAGAUGUGUAUGGACUCCGAAAAACAUAUGAUCUACACCUUUGGUGGUAGAAUUUUGACGUGUAAUGGCAGCGUAGACGACAGCAGAGCCAGUGAACCACAAUUCAGUGGGUUGUUUGCUUUCAACUGUCAAUGUCAGACCUGGAAGCUUCUUCGAGAGGACUCCUGUAAUGCUGGGCCUGAGGAUAUCCAGUCUCGGAUAGGACACUGCAUGCUCUUUCACUCGAAAAAUCGUUGCUUAUAUGUAUUUGGUGGCCAGCGAUCGAAGACCUAUUUGAAUGAUUUCUUUAGUUACGACGUGGACUCUGAUCACGUAGACAUAAUAUCAGAUGGCACCAAGAAAGACUCUGGAAUGGUUCCAAUGACGGGAUUCACACAGAGAGCAACCAUUGAUCCAGAACUGAAUGAAAUACAUGUCCUAUCUGGACUCAGCAAAGAUAAGGAAAAGAGAGAAGAGAAUGUCAGAAAUUCAUUCUGGAUUUAUGACAUUGUGAGGAAUAGUUGGUCUUGUGUCUAUAAAAAUGAUCAGGCUGCAAAGGAUAAUCCAACUAAAAGUCUUCAGGAGGAAGAACCAUGUCCAAGAUUUGCCCAUCAGCUUGUAUAUGAUGAGUUACACAAGGUUCAUUAUUUAUUCGGUGGGAAUCCAGGAAAAUCUUGCUCCCCAAAAAUGAGAUUGGAUGACUUCUGGUCACUGAAGUUGUGUAGGCCUUCAAAAGAUUACUUACUGAGGCACUGCAAGUACCUCAUAAGAAAACACAGGUUUGAAGAAAAGGCCCAAAUGGAUCCUCUUAGUGCACUGAAAUACUUACAAAACGAUCUUUAUAUAACUGUGGAUCAUUCAGACCCAGAAGAGACAAAAGAGUUUCAGCUGCUCGCUUCAGCUCUAUUCAAAUCUGGCUCAGAUUUUACAGCUCUAGGCUUUUCGGAUGUGGAUCACACCUAUGCUCAGAGAACUCAGCUCUUUGACACCUUGGUAAAUUUCUUUCCUGACAGUAUGACUCCUCCUAAAGGCAACCUGGUAGACCUCAUCACACUGUAACUGAAGAGUCACUGGCCGGAAAUGGAGAACAGGAGUCUGCUUUCAGUAUUCUGGAUUUCAACUCUCUUGACCGACACUUAGGCUGCAGUGAUUGAGGACUGCACCAGAAUUUUGAAGGGACCUUUACCAUCACAAGUUCUAACCCUCUUUCGUCAUACCUGACCUCAACCCCAUUCUCCUCAUCCCAUUCCUCAAUUAGGUUAAUAAUAAAGUGAAAUUGGUGUACUUUCCAUUUAAAUAUAUAUAUUUUUUACUUUAACUUUUAAGAAUUAAUGAGUAUAAAAAUAAUAAUCAGGUAGUUUACCCUUUCCUGAUUUUUAUUUCAUUUUUAUAAAAUUAGGGCAAGUAAGCACUAUUAACAGACUCAGUGCUGCAAGAAUUGGGAUUUCGUUGUUUGGCCUUUCUUCUUCCCAUUUCACUUUACCUUGCAUCACACAACUGCUUACAUGUGGUGUCACUUGUUUACCUCUUCACUUCAUUCUUAAUAGUAUGUAGUUCUGUAUGGCAAUUGAUGUAUGUUAAAGUGAUAAAUAUGUGUCUCUGUUGACUAGAGUCUUGUAUUACAUUAAGCAAUAGGAGGAACAGAAGGCUCAAAUUUACGCUCCUUGUCAUAGAACUGAAAAAUGAAAUCCAGGAUUGGUCCAAGCACGUAUCUGAGAUUGGCAUAUAGUAUUUCUAUAAUGGAUAUUAUAAUAGCUUUGAGUCACAGAAACCUUAAACUGAGAACUGGGUAUAGUGCAGAACCUUUAAGAGCCAUUAUAAAAGUUACCAGCAGGAGGAUUCUGGGGGUGAUUGAUAUGUUUAUUGAUAUCUUUGUAGUAAUUUUGAAAGAAAAUGACUUUUUCCUCUGGUAGAGCUGUGCAGAACCAAGCCUUCUGUUACUUUCUUGUGCUAUCAAUUUGUAGCAUUUUCAUUUGGGAGGGUGGGUUUCCAGAACUCUGCUUUUGUUAAUUUCCAUAUAUACUGGCUCCCUACAUCUCCUUCUGCCUACUGAUAUUUUAAAUAAUGGUGUAUAGUUGUCCAAAUGAAUACAGCUGACAGGCAUUUCAUUAAGCACAUGGACCAGGCUUUUUUAAAGGAGGAAAAAGAAAAAUAAUGGUGCAAAUACUUUUUCAUUAAAACUAAAAAAAAAAGGAAAAAAAGGAAAAUGGGUUUUUCCACUUUUUUGUGGGGUGGUGGAGCUGUAUAUUAUUCCAUGAGGUGCUAUGGAAUGCAGUAUGGGAAACCUACACCUGGCCAGUGCUUACAUUCACUCAAAAAGUGUUCUGUGUUCAACUGAUACCACCAUGCUUAAAGCAUACUAUGUAUAAUGAAUGUCCAUCAGUCCAGUGGCUCUUAAAAGUGAAUGACUUGAUGGAAUUCAGUAUGUCCCUGAGUAGCAAGAUAGGUGUCACCAAAGAAGAAAUUGACUUGCACUUUUGAAAAGUCUCAUGUAUGGGAAUGAGACUUUGUGAUCCAUCUUCAGUCUAUAUUGCGUAGUUUUACUCCUUUCAGGGAAGGGCAGAAAUAUAUUUUUCCUAGUUCUAGACUUGAGUCUUGGGCUCCUCAGCUUCCAAGCUUUCCAAAGCAUUCAGUAGUGAUUUAUUAAACAAUUACAUCUGUACCUUACCUUGUGAAAAUAGAGUGUAUCAUUUAGUAGAUACCAAAUUGUGUAGCUACAGAAUAACCGACUUUUUCCAGGUGAGCACAUAGGAUGUACUUACAUACUUGUGCAGUUUCAUAAAAUGACUCCCCUGAGUGACAGAGCAGAACAUAAAAUAUUAAUGCACUAAUAUGGCAGUCAACUGAAUCUUGUUUUGUGAAAAUAAGUACAAAUCAAAGAAUUGAUGGGGAAGAACUUGUGUUUCUAAAUUUAAAACCUCAAGCUUUGCUCUCUGUGAAUUUUGGCACUUUAAACACAUUAACCAAAUGAAAUUCUGCUGCCCUCCACCAUUUAUUUUUGUAGGGCUUUGUCAUUUUUUUUCAUUUAUUUAGACUCCACGUUUGGAGGAAACUUGGUUCCUGAACUCACUGAUUUUUUGUUGUUCUUGUUUUCCCUUGACAGUAGUAGUAGUGUGUGUGUAUAUGUUUUACAUAUGCUUGUUUUAGUUUUUUCUUAUUACUUUAUUAGAUGUGGAACUUUUCCUCUUUUCAUUUCUGAAUUUUUCUUUCACUAACAUACUUAAAUGGGGUGGAAACAUAGCGAACUAUUCAGUGCUGCUUAAGAGAUGAUAUGGAGGUGAUUAUUGACUAGGCGAGUCAGAAUUUGUACCGUGGAGCUUGCACUGCUGGUAACGACUGUAGCAGAACACGGGGCUUCAUUCUGCCGAUGCCCAGCACCGACACACCGCUCACAUUGCACAUCCCCGCCUUGAAACUUACCUGGAGACUGAACGAGGAGCUCCCUUUGUGUCCAGGAAUUCCAGCAGCAUGUUUAAUUUAAAUCAUCUUAAUUUGGUAUUUAGAUACGUUGUUUAGAUAGGCAAGUAGCUAUGUUUUACUAUUUUAAAAAUCUGUUAUUUUAUCUCAAAUUGAAACACCUGGCUUGUGCUAGUUAGUGGGACACAGUUUGCUCAGUUUCAUUAUCCCUUGCUUCAACUUCAUUUCCAUUUUGUUCCCCUGCCCCCAGUGGAAUAUAUUAUUCUAUAAUAUAUUAUUAUAAUAAAUAUUUUAUUAAAACUAGAAGUAAACUAGAUCUCUAACAUCGUCAAUUCUUGUACUUCAUGAGAAAUUAUCUGAUUUACCAGGGACUUGUAAAAUUGAUUUGCGUUUUGUGGAAUGACACAGACCUCCUGUGGACAGCUUGAUUAAUUCAACUGUAUUGAUUUCUUACUCAAGCAAAGGAAUUUAGACUUGGGUGCCUAACUGCACUAAAGCUGAGAGUAUUAACCUUUAGCAAGAUCAUCUUUUUAAACCUGGUUUUCAUUUACACUAAAACUGGCCCAUCCUUGUCUAGUAAGUAAAACUGAUAGAGACCAUUAGAAAGUUCGUUUUGGCUUGCGGGGCUUAGAGCUCAGCGAUUUGUUUAAGAUUGUAAACUCUUCUUGGGUGAAAUGUGUGUAUUGAAUAAAAGUGUUUGCCAGCUUAUCCUUCCAGUGGACCUUUUCACACCUGCCUUAAAAAUGCUACUUAGAACUACAUGAACAGUUUCAUCUAAUAAAGUUUUAAAAUUUAACCUAUAUCAUUUAAUCAUUUAUUGAGAGCUGGAAAAUGAUGCUUAAUUGAUGAAAAAGCACUUAGAAAGGAAUAUGUUCCUGAUUUCAUUCUCCAAAUCAUACUAGUUUCAUGGUAAUAACAUGAGAAGUUACUCUGUAAUUAUUCUUACCACCAUAUGAAAUUCACUGGGUAAUUGUGGGUCAUUGCUUAUUUCCUGAGAGAAUGUGUUAACUCUUCAUCUGGUUGAAGGCUGCAAAG